UUACAUUCAGUGACUGUUCCACAUGUAUGCAGCUUACAGAGCAUGAGAAGCAGGACUCAUCCUUUCAUUUUCAACACUUUAUUCUCUCUUCUGUUUUCUUUCUAGGACAGUUCUUCCUAAAAGUUCCUUAUGUGCAGGUUCUGCCUGAAGAACUUAAAUGCAAAACAGCCAUCAGUAUCUAUGGAGAGCCAAAACAAAAUGCUGAAAGAUUUGCCAUUGACAUCUGUAGAGGUGAUGAUAUAGCCUUUCAUUUCAACCCUCGUUUCAAUGAGGAUGGGAAGCAGGUGAUCAUGAGGAGCAGCAGGAUUAGAGGUGUUUGGGGUCCUGAGGAAAGAGAACUUCGUUUCUUCCCUUUCAGACCUGGAAAACCUUUUGUGAUCAAGAUUUUUUUCACCUUCUCUGGAUUCAGAGUGGAAGUUGACAGCCAUCAUGUGCCGAAUUACGCACAUCGCAUCAAGGAGCUUGACCAGAUAACACACAUCCAGAUUCAUCAAGAUAUUGACCUCAAUCGUGUUCACAUAGGAGACAUCUUCCUAAGAGAUCCAUAUGUGCAGAUUUUGCCUGAAGGAGUCAUAGACCAAAUGCUCAUCACUGUCCAUGGAGCGCCUAAAAAAGGUGUUGAAAGAUUUGACAUUAACAUCUGUAAAGGCUUUGAUAUGGCCUUUCAUUUCAACCCUCGUUUCAAUGAGAAUGGGAGGCAGGUGGUCGUGCGGACCAGCAGAAUUGAUGGUUUUUGGGGCUCUGAGGAAAGACACCUUCCUUUCUUCCCUUUCAGACAUGAACAACCUUUUGAGAUCAAGAUUUUGUGCACAGCCUCUGGAUACAGAGUAGAAACUGACACCAAUCUUAUGCUGCAUUAUGCACAUCGCAUCUGGCAGCUUAAGGAAAUGACACACAUCUUAAUUGUAGGAGUUGACCUCAAAUAUGUUCACGUAGAAAAUGCUGUACUGAAGACUACCCAUCCUGGAAUAGUUGGCAACCCAGCACAGGAGGGCUGCUUCCUAAGAGUUCCAUAUAUACAGGGUUUGCUUGAAGGACUAAAAGACCAAUCACUCAUCACCAUCUACGGAGCACCGAAAGACAAUGCUGACAGAUUCUCCUUUAACAUCUGUAAAGGCAAAGAUGUAGCCUUUCAUUUCAGCCCUCGUUUCAAUGAGCAUGGGAGGCAGCUGAUCGUGAUGGCCUCCUUGAUUCAAAAUCGUUGGUGUCCAAGGGUAGAAGAAUAUUCUCUCUUCCCUUUCAGACGUGGACGACAUUUUGAGAUCAAGAUUUUUUGCACAUCUUCUGGAUACAGAGUGGAAGUUGACAAAGUUCAUGUGCUGCAUUAUAUACAUAGCUUCUGGGAGAUGGACCAGAUAACACACUUCCACAUUCAUCGAGACGUUGUCCUCAAGGAUGUUCACAUAGAUAUGUAAUUGUACAAAGAAGCUUGGUAACACUUUCUGUGAAUAACAUGUCUGUACAAAACUAUGAACACAUUCAUGACAUGUUAUAAUGCAUUUGUUUAUAGAAGUACAUUACACUUUAUAACCCUGUUUGUUAACACAUUGUAAGCAGUCGUCUUAUACUCUAAAAAAUGCUGUGCUGAAAAAUACCCAACUGGGUUUUUUUUUGGCAACCCAAUGCUGCGUAAAUAUUUGACAGAACACAAACUGGGUUAUUUUUAACCAACAUUUUAUUUGAAGAAAUGUGACCAUUGUGAUGGAUUGUUACAAUGACCAAACUUUAUAAUACAUAUUAGAACUUACGUUUUAUGUAAUUUUAAAUUACUUAUUUUGAUAAUGACUCAAAUUUCUCAGUCAGCUCAUCAAAACAAUAAAAAGAUAUGAAAUGGACAUUAGCAGCACUGAGGAGGGCUCUACUCUAUGCACAGGGUUCUACUCAUUAACAGCAACAAUAUACAAAAUAUUCUCAAAAAUAUCCUCUCAUUGUGUGUAAUUCGUGGAUUUGUGUGUCCGUCAUCUGCCUCUCACCUGUAAUUUGUGGAUUUGUGUGCUCUUCUAUGUUUUGUGUAAAACUGACCAAUGGACACUUUAGGAAAUCAGUAAGGAUGGACCCAUCAUGCUAGAAACCUUUCAUUUUUCAUUCAGUUGCUUGGACACAGAUGUCAGUAGGUUGUAAAAAAAAAGCCACUGCACUUACUACAGUGGUUUUGGAAAGUAGUGAUGAGAGCAUUUAUUUAUUUUUUUAUUCAUAAAUGUCGUUACUUUGUGAACCUGAGACUUUUGUAAACACGUUUCAAGCACCAAAACAAUUUGCCCACAGGAGUAAAGAAAUAUUAAGAAUUUCUAAAAUCUGAUAUCACUUUUCAGCUUUAGGUCUGAAGUAUCUCUAAAUACAGUGCUCCAGGCAAAAGGGCCUCAUUAUAGAGAGCUGAGAUUGUUCUGAACAUUUUGAUAUAUAAUAUGUGGGCAUGCAAGGGCCUUUAAAGACAAAUUUAAGAAUACAUUCAAAAAUCAAGAAAAUGCGCUCAGACCCCAGAAGGUUAAACACGUUAUUUUUCUAGAUUGAAAAAACGAUAAGAAGGAUAUGCAACUGCAGUAAAAAUAAUUAUCAAGCAUCUGGAGAGCUUACAGUCUACCUGGCUGUUGUUGUAAAUCUUUGACUUUGCCAAAAGUAGAGAGUAAGUAAGUAAGUAAGUAAAGUUUAUUUAUAUAGCGCUUUUUACAACAGGUGUUGUCACAAAGCAGCUUUACAAGGAAAUGAGCAUUACAAAAAGAAAUCCGGGUCCGAGAGUCAGGAGACCACCGGAUACUGGAAGAUGGUUUUAUUCUGACAACAGGCUUUAUACAGUGCACUUGUUAAUGAUCUCUGUAGUAAGUCAGGAGACUCAGAGGUCAGUGAUAGAUAGAUAGACAGAUAGAUAGAUAGAUAGAUAGAUAGAUACUUUAUUGAUCUUGAAAGGAAAUUUAGCAGCCAGUAGCAUUCACACAACACAGGACAGUAAUAGUAUAAGGGUGUAAACAGGAAGAAUAAAUAUAAAAAAUCCUAUCUGCAGGCAUAUAUACAAAUAAAAAAGUACAACAAUCUGGUAUAACAUCUAUAACCUGAGAUGAAAGUGGCAGUGCAAUGAUGACUGUACGAGGAGGCACUGGUAACGGCAUAUAAUGACAAUACUGAAUAAAUAUGUGCAGAUGUUGGUACCAAAAUAAAGUGUCUAGUGUGGACUGUC